UUACAUAUUUGAUCUUUCCGAUCUACAACUCUCUUCAUCGGCAUGGAUGAUGUUCUGGUGCACUGGUCCUUUGGUGCCUUAGCAUGAUGACUUCCCGAUUGUCUACUACAAAAACGUUUGCCUGGCUCCAGAGAGGGAGGGGCGAUGACGGUGGGGCGCCUUCGGCUUGUUCCAGUGUUUGUAGUCGUUGCUAGAUGGUCCAUGGACCUGACUGUAAUUUUUAUUACCUCUAGUGUAUUCAGUACUGCCAUGAUUGAUAAAUAGAUUGGAAAUUUCUCUAGAAAUAACAAAAAAAAAAAACAACAAUCCAAAAAAAAAAACUAAAGAUGUUGAAACGUCCAGCCCAUCGUUACUAGUGGUUUGGCAUAACGACAAUGCAGUCGGGCAGCUAAAGACAUUAAGGACAUAGGCAUUGUACAUAUGUUUGGAAAACUUCAACAUGGUCGAGAAAGUUUGGGAACAGCUCAAUGGCCUCGCCAACGCACACACUUUUCCAUUGAUCGAGAAAAUACUAUUUUCAACUGCGAUGAUGCACUCUGGGCCGGUGUCCUGCUGCGCUAUAGCCUUGAUCAGUGCGGCCCACGCAAGGUCGCCGACAGGCCUGGGCCUUAUCCGCGGGAUAAAACAAACGACACGCGAGAGACAACCCCAAUGGCCCCAUUCAUCCGGCUUCCCCCGCUACACUACCCAGGGCUGGAGCUCUCCCUCAGAAAAAGAAAACCUAGGUCGCGAGCGAUGCCGCCACCGCCGCCGGCGAAAUCCCCGACCACCGUGCUCGAUCUCGACGACGACCUUCUCCGCGAGGUGUUCCUCCGCCUCCCCUGCCUCCCCAGCCUCGUCCGUGCCGCCCUCUCCUGCCGCACCUUCCUCUCCGCGGUCCGUUCGUCCCCCGCCUUCCGCCGCAGCUUCCGGGCUCUCCACCCGUCUCCCUUUGUCGGAUUCUUCAUCCAACGCUUGACGAAAGGAUUCAUCGUCGGCUUCCAGCCCGAGGACUCUUCUUUCGAAGCCCACCACCUCCCCACCGACCGGGACUUCGCUGCCGCUGUGAGCGGCGGCGAUUUCGACCUCACCGGCCUCCCACUCCCAGACGAGGAUGAGGACAGCGACGUAGAAGAUGAGAACGACGAAGAGAACAACAUGGAGGAGGACACCAAUGGAGAAGAUGAGAACAGCGAGGAUGAAGAGGAGGAGGAGGACGACCAAGAAGAAGAGAGCAGCAAGGAGGAGAACAUGGAAGAGGACACCAAUGAAGAAGAUGAGAACGAGGAUGAAGAGGAGGACCAAGAAGAAGAAGAAGGUGCCUCACCCGUGUGGGAGGUUGACCGAUGCUGCGACGGCUACGUGGUCCUCUUCAACCGGAGUGCCAAGCAGAUAGCUGCCUACAACCCUCUCACCCGGGCACUCCAUCUCUACCCCUCGCCGCCCCGCCUCUUCUCCGACGCCACUUACUUUGAGUUCCACAUUAUCUCCUCCCAAGACCAAGAGGACCCCGGCACACCACCCCGUGUGGUGUGCUACGAUUUCAACUUGUUUCAGGUGAAGGCGUUCGUCCGCAUCAUCUCCUCGGACAGCAGCAUCAAGUCCAAGUGCCGGGAGUUCCCUGGCACUGCGAUAGGGGUCACCGGCAAGAUGGUGAAUGGCUCCGUCUAUUGGACCCAUUAUGGGAAACCGUACAUCACCGUGCUUGAUACCGCGACGCUGCAGUUCACUAAAAUGGAUCUGCCACCGCUCUUGGCAGAGCAAGAUGGCCGUAAUUGUGCUUUUGUGUUUGGUAAUACCAAGGAAAGGAGGCCCUGUAUCGUUUCCCCGGGUUUGUGGGGUGAUUGCUCGCUUAAUGUUUAUUUCUGGCGACGCGAAGACGGGUAUUUUGACGAUGGUCUCAAUUACUGGGUACUCGACCACACAUUUCCCUUGAAAGCGAUUCGCGAGUUCGUUAAGUUCUCAAAAGGAGAUGAUGAAUUUAUCAGUGUGCGGCUUAUGGAUGUUAUCGAUGGAAUCGUAUACCUGCGUACUGAGUAUGACGGGUGUACCGAGGCUCCUCGGUUGUUGCUAUCCUUUUGUCUCGAAACAGCAGAGCUGAAAAUGAUCUGUGAAGAUUAUCACAAGCCAAUUUAUCCCUACAUCAUGGCGUGGCCUCCUUCUUUGAUACUACAGGAUAAGGGUCCCUGUUCAAAAGAUCAAGCUUUGUCUACCGCAAGCUCUGAAGGAUGUGAUGUGAAGGCUGGAGGUGGCCAAACAUUGCCUGCAUCUGUUGCGAAAGCAUAAUAGGAUUACUUGGAGACCUGGUGAGAUUGAUGGUGGUGGUGUCUUUUGCCGAUGCUGAUGCAUGGUGACUCAAGGUCUAUGUUGGUACUUUGAAGAUUGAAAUCCUUAUGUCCUACUUGUUGCGGCUAUGUAGCGAUCCUGGUGGCCAUGUUUUAUCUUAAUGUGCCUUUUGCCUAUGCAGUAUUAUAGAACUUUAGACCUACCUGAACCUCCUUGAACCAUUAUUCUGUUUGUCGAUUGCUUGUCACUCAAGAUGGUUAAUGAUCAGGUUAUGAUUAGCAUGGUAAUUUUGAUAUAUGUCUAGUAUUACAGCUGCUAGUUAAUUAUUGUUUAGGAUUUUCUUUGCCCA